CCCUCGCUCAUCACUCACCAAGAAGUAGCACCCAAAGAGCUUCAGCUCGAUCAGCUCAUUCGUUUCGUCCUCUUCCCUUUCGCCUGCUUCUCCCAUCUCUCUAGAGCUUAUUCGUAGAGAUCGCUCCUGCUAGCUAGCGAACAACUAUCUCCAUAGCUGAGCACUAGCAUCUUGCACAAGGCAGCGACCAUGAUCUCCCCGGACACCAUCCGCACGGCCAUCGGCGUCAUCGGCAAUGGGACCGCCCUUGUGCUCUUCCUCUCCCCAGUGCCAACGUUCAUCCGCAUCUGGAAGAAAGGCUCCGUGGAGCAGUACUCGCCGAUCCCAUACGUGGCGACGCUGCUCAACUGCAUGAUGUGGGUGCUGUACGGCCUGCCGCUGGUCCACCCACACAGCAUGCUCGUCAUCACCAUCAACGGCACCGGCAUGGCCAUCGAGCUCACCUACGUCACGCUCUUCCUCCUCUACUCCACCGGCGCCGCCCGCCGCAAGGUCUUCCUGCUCCUCGCCGCCGAGGUCGCCUUCGUCGGCGCCGUCGCGGCGCUGGUGCUCAGCCUGGCGCACACCCACGAGCGGAGGUCCAUGAUCGUAGGCAUCCUCUGCGUCCUCUUCGGCACCGGCAUGUACGCCGCCCCGCUCUCCGUCAUGAAAAUGGUGAUCCAGACGAAGAGCGUUGAGUACAUGCCCCUGUUCCUGUCGCUGGCAUCCCUGGUGAACGGCAUCUGCUGGACUGCCUACGCGCUCAUCAAAUUCGACCUCUACAUCACCAUCCCCAACGGGCUUGGCGUGCUCUUCGCGGUAGCGCAGGUGGUCCUGUACGCCAUCUACUACAAGUCCACCCAGGAGAUCAUCGAGGCGCGCAAACGCAAGGCCGACCAGGUCGCCAUGACCGAGGUCGUCGUCGUCGGCAAGACCAACAACCACGCCGGCGCCGGCCACUACUGAUGAAGUGAUGGUGCUUAAUUAGUUACCAAGCUUAUGGAAGCGGCAGUAUAAUCAAUCAAGUCGCCGCUGGGUGUUAUGUAUUGUGUGAUUGUGAUCUUCAAUUCCCACAAGGGAUGAAGGCCUGUAUGUGACAUGUUGUUGGCCUAGUGCAGCUUGGCAGUGUCACGUACGGGCCUCUUAGGUGGGACGACAAAGGUGGGGGAUUUUAGCUAAUUCCACCUUUGGACUAGGGCUUAGCUUAAUUCCGCUGUUUAGCGGUACUUAUUGAUGGUCUCUUGUUGUCUCGAAUGUCUAUUGAUCACCAAACUCUUCCCAUGGUCAUCAAUCAAAAGCAUGUUCAUGAAUCACGACUUCUUGAUUACGUUAUGAAUUCAA